AUGACCCUUUCGCGAAGCCCUUCACCUGUUCCCGGUGGUGGCUGGUCAAGUCCAGGCUUGAGCCUUGACAGUGGGAGGUCGACUCCAGCGAACGUGAGCGGUGGCCCUGUUGUAUGGGAAUCAGCCAAGAUGCGACCUCACAACUCGAGCACAUUUUCUUCGUUUUCGACUCAAAACAAGGGUUUCUUCAGCAGACAUAUGCGGCGACUAUCGAGCAGUCUCCCGCAGUUUAACGGGCAGCGUGAGACCUGGAAGGAAAAACAUGGACGGGGGCCAAGAUGGAUUCGAAAGGUACCACUCGCCGGUAGAGUUCGAUCGAUUUAUGGGCGAAUGGGCAGAAGGCUAAAGAUGUUUCUACUGUUCACGCUGGUAGCGAUACUCUGCUAUACCAUUUUCUACACAACCCCUCUUGUAUAUUACUGGAGAAGAUCGUUCGGUGGCGGAAACAAGUUUGUCAUUAUCUUGGGCGCAAAUGUUGGAGGUGGUGUCAUGGAGUGGAAGGGUGCCAGAGAAUGGGCUAUCGAGCGAGACAGCGUGCGAAACAAGCGAAAGUACGUCAACCGAUGGGGCUACGACUUGGAAAUUGUGGACAUGAGCACCAAGAAGAAGUAUGCGCACGAGUGGCGGGAGAGCUGGGAGAAAGUCGACUUUAUUCGGUCGACCUUGAGGAAGUAUCCCAAGGCUGAAUGGGUUUGGUGGCUGGACUUGAACACAUUCGUCAUGGAGCCCUCAGUAUCACUUCAAGACCACAUCUUCAACCACCUGCAGACAGAAGUCGAGCGCGACAUCAACUACUUCAACCCUCGCAACAUAUCGCACCCUUUCACCCAUCAUUAUCUGGAUGAGGUCUCGCGAAGCCCUGUUGGAGAUGGCAAGGCCAACUCGAUCAACAUGAUCAUGACACAGGAUUGCGCCGGCUUCAACCUGGGAUCCUUCUUCAUGCGGCGCAGCGACUGGACGGACAGACUGCUCGACGUUUGGUGGGAUCCUGUCACAUAUGAGCAGAAGCACAUGCAGUGGGAACACAAAGAGCAAGAUGCGCUGGAUCAGCUAUAUCAAUCGCAGCCAUGGGUGCGCAAGCAUGUCGGCUUCCUACACCAACGCAAGAUCAACAGUUUCCCACCUGGAGCUUGCAACCCAGACAGCGGUCCCAAGGAUAAGCAUAUCCACUAUGAGGAGAACCAGCGCGAUUUCCUGGUCAACAUGGCAGGGUGCGAAUGGGGCCGAGACUGUUGGGGCGAGAUGUACUAUUACCGUGAGUUCAGUUACUGGCUCAACCGAAACCCAUGGGAACGCUUUAAGGAGGAUCUCAUUGCGGUCAUCUGGUUCAAGCUCACCGGCAAGAAGGUCAAGUUGUGA